UCUCUCUCAGCUUUCACAAAUCGCUAGGACACCGUCUUCGAUCUCCCAGUCUCAUACUCUGUCUCUCUUAAUCUUCCAGACUCCCGGGUCUCACCUCGAUACUGUGGUUCGGACAUCGUCGGUAUUGCUCUCUUUUCGGUUACAAAAUCAAAGAUUAGCGGGUAUGAAAUUGAAACCGAAGAUUUCAACUGCGUCAAGUCACGAAAUUGAACUUUAACUAUUCGAAAAUGGUUUCUCUUCCCUCAAAAUCACCCUGCACUGAGUUUGUUACUCCUCAGUUAAACAACCACCCUUUUCAACUUCAGUUCCAUCGUCCCGCGCAAAAUCUGCCUCCAACUUCACCACAACCCGUCAAACUCCUUCGUCCCCAAACCAAUCAUGCGAAUGGAUUUAGUUUGCAGAAGAAGAAAAACGAGAAAAAAGGAUUUAUCCCUGCUCAGAGCACGGUAUCUGAUGUUUUGCGAUUGAUGGAUGGUCUUGGCUUCUCUAUACCCAUUGACAUGUACGUCUCUUUGAUAGAAGAGUGUACUGUUUCUGGGGACCCUCAUGCAGCCAUGGAACUAUAUGUCCAUAUAAAACAAAGCGGCAUUGAUCCUCCGUUAAGCUUCCUCAAUCGGCUCCUUCUCUUGUUUGCGUCAUGUGGCUUAGUGGAGCGUGCACACCACCUGUUUGAUAAAAUGUCUGUGAGGGAUAUCAACUCGUGGGCUAUAUUACUUGUUGCUUAUUUUGAUAAUGCAAAUUACGAGGAAGCCAUAGGUUUGUUUCUCAACAUGCUUGACCAAGUGAGUAUUUUGGAGCUGCCCAAUUGGAUCUUGGUUUGUCUUCUCAAGGCAUGUUCGUACAGUAUCAAUCUCGAUCUGGGAAAACAAGUUCAUGGGUGCUUAGUCAAGUUGGACAUUAGUAACGAUGUACUUCUCACUUGCGCAUUGAUUAGAUUCUAUGGGAAGUUCAAUUGCCUAGAAGACGCAAAUAUCGCCUUUAACAAGGUAGCUAGACAUAACACCUUCACUUGGACAGCAAAAAUUGUAAAUGAUUGCAGAGAAAUGCAUUUCUAUGAGGUUCUCAAUGACUUCAAGGAGAUGGGAAGGAGAGGAAUAAGGAAGAACAGUUUCACAGUUUCUAGUGUUCUUAAAGCAUGUGGAAGAAUGCCAAGCCAUGGCCACUGUGGUGAGCAAGUCCAUGCUAAUGCUAUUAAGCUUGGACUUGCGUCAGAUACUUAUGUGGAGUGUGGGCUGAUAGACAUGUAUGGAAGAUGUGGGUUAGUGAGAGAAGCAAAACUUGUGUUUGAGAUGAUUCAUAAUAGGGCAAACGAGGCUUGCUGGAAUGCUAUGCUUAUGGGGUACAUGCAAAAUGGGUUGUACAUUGAGGCUAUUAAGCUUUUGUAUCAGAUGAAGGCAGCUGGAUUGCAGCCUCAAGAGUCUCUGCUCAAGGAAUUAAGAAUUGCUUGUGGUGGCAGUAGAGAAGUGGAAUUCACGUAGAUAGUUUUUUUUUUUUAAAAAAAAAAAAAUUGAAUGGACCUUGUAGAGCUGUGUAGAUAUAUAUAUACACACACUUUUUGAUAUGUUGAUAAUUCCAUGUUCAUGAGCAAAAUAGUUUUACAACUAAGCCCAUAAGACGAAAUGGAUGGAAUAUUAAUCAGUUUUCUACAUCUUUUGCUA